AUGGGCCAAUCAAAACAGAACGAUCCUGAGAUAUUGCCAGGAACAAUCCAAACCCAUUUGGCCAUGAUGCAACCUUACAUACAACCUGGAACAAGCAAGUCCAAUCAUUUUGGUACUAAACAAAACAAUGAUUCUGAGAUAUUGCCAGAAACAAACAAAACAACUUCAUUGAUGAAACCAAACACUUGGAGUGACAAUCAGACGUUGAUGUUUUUAGAUCUAUGUUCUGAAAACAAAGAAAGAUUAACCAAUGUCAAAUAUAAAAAGACAAAAGUUUACAAAGACAUUGACAUAGAGUUACAGAAUAAGGGCCACUAUUUCACUGCAGAUCAGUGUGCUAAUAGACUCAAGACACUCACUGCAAAAUACAAACAAAUAAGGGAUCACAACUCUCAGUCAGGAAAUAGUCAUAAGGACUGGAUGCUUUUCGACUCUAUGGCUGAAUAUUGUGGUGAUAGGCCUGGAAUCACUCCCAGAGCAGUUUGUUCAAGCAUAAGGUUGGCAGAUGAUGCUGUGCCAGCUUCUUCACAGACUCGUACCAAUGAGACCUUCACUGCUGAGACUACUGAGAAUAGUGGUAAAAAAAUAUCUACUGACUGCACAGGAAAAGUCAAAAGAAUUUGUAAAAGAGUUUCACCUAGAGUUGAGAUGGUGAAGUGGCUACAAGAAUACGAGAAGGAGGUUUCAGAAAGAGAAGAAAGAAGAAUAGCAUUGGCUAGAGAGCAGCAUGCAGAGAAUAAAAAAUUCAUGGCAGAUAUGUGCUGA